UCUGCUGCCGGUGCCUUUCAGGGGAGGCGAGCAAGGGAAGAUGUCCGGCCGGGGCAAGCAGGGCGGGAAGGCGCGCGCCAAGGCCAAGUCGCGCUCGUCGCGGGCCGGGCUGCAGUUCCCCGUGGGCCGCGUGCACCGGCUGCUGCGCAAGGGCAACUACGCGGAGCGCGUGGGCGCCGGCGCCCCGGUGUACCUGGCGGCCGUGCUGGAGUACCUGACGGCCGAGAUCCUGGAGCUGGCGGGCAACGCGGCCCGCGACAACAAGAAGACGCGCAUCAUCCCCCGCCACCUGCAGCUCGCCAUCCGCAACGACGAGGAGCUCAACAAGCUGCUGGGCAAGGUGACGAUCGCGCAGGGCGGCGUGCUGCCCAACAUCCAGGCCGUGCUGCUGCCCAAGAAGACCGACAGCCACAAGGCUAAGGCCAAGUGAGCGCCGAAGCGCCACUGGCGCAUUUCUUCUUCUCCAGAAACCCAAAGGCUCUUUUCAGAGCCACCCACAAGAUCCUAAGAGAGCUGAGUUAUCCAAACAACAGUUAAGGCUAUUUUGUAUUAAUUACUCAACCCGUGUUUUAUCUUAUUUUUUAUUUUUGGCUUAAGAUAUAGUAGCAACGCUUUCCAUAUUUUCGUUAACAAAGUCGUGUCAAAACGUCCUCUCUCCAUACAAGUUCUUCCUGGUAUGGAAUACUUUCCGUUUAGUUCUUAUGUCGGAGAACAUAGGAACAGUAUUUGUUGAGAGUACCCGUCCCUCCCCGCUUUUCCGCCUCUUUCUUUUCCGAGUGGCUGAUACAGUUCCAGAGAUAAGAGGCGUAAUCGUCUUCGGGGAAGGGAGGGGGAAGGGAAGCGGGCGGGGACUUCCACUGGCCAAUCCUUGGGCAAAGCGGGCUUUUUCAAGACUUAAAGCUCUUUCUUUCUCAUCGGGAACAAAAGGAUUGGGAGAACUGAGGGCUAUAUUUGUGUCAGUAAAGAAACCCUCCCCUCCUCCCCCCAAACAGACAAAAGGCAUUUACGGAGAUACCGUAAGAGAAAUAAUACAAUAGAUUAGACAUGGCUCAGUAGUAGCGUGCCUGGCAAUUGCAUUAUUUUGUUACAAAAUAUAAUCUUUAAAAAAACAUACAUCCGAUUUUUUAUCAAAUCAUUAUAAAACAUUGUUUCCUUGUAGUCAAAGUAAUCACUCGGAAGAAGAAAAGGUCUACACUUCCCUAAAGCCGCCGCGCUAUACCGCGUUCAUUAGCAUUUCUUUCGGUAAUCCUAGGGAACAAAAAAUACAAAACACAAUUGACCUCUUGACGACUUACGAAUUACUCGAUCCUUGCUGCAGGUUACAGACGGCCUCGGUGCAUCAGCUCCUUUAGGGAAAGUGUGGGUGGCUCUUAAAAGAGCCGUUGGAUAACAAAGUAUGUAGAGGAGAACUCUUCUGAUACAAUUUACUUCUUUUUGGGCGCUGCCUUCUUUGCCUUGGCUGCUUUGGGUUUGGCUGCCUUAGGCUUGGCUGCUUUGGGCUUCACCGCUUUCGCCUUAGCCGGGCUCUUCGCGGCCUUCUUGGGGCGGCCGGCCUUUGCGGCUUUCUUGGGGCUCUUGACCGCUUUCUUGGCCGCUGCAGCUGCCGGCUUCUUGGCCUUCUUGGGGCUCUUCUUCACCGCCGCCGCUUUCUUGGGCUUCUUGGCGGCGCUGGCGGGCUUCUUAGCCGCCGGCUUCUUGGGCUUGGCUGCAGGCGCUCUUUUCUUGGGAGCUUUUUCUUUUACUUCUCCGGGUUUCUUGUUGAGGCGGAAGGAGCCGGAGGCGCCGGUGCCCUUGGUCUGCACCAGGGUGCCCUUGCUAACGAGGCUCUUGAGCCCCAGCUUGAUGCGGCUGUUGUUCUUCUCCACAUCGUAGCCGCCGGCGGCCAGCGCCUUCUUGAGCGCGGCGAGGGAGAGCCCCUUGCGCUCCUUGGAGGCGGACACGGCCUUGGUGAUCAGCUCGGUGACGCUGGGCCCCGCGGGCUUGCGGGCUUUGGAGCCGCUCGCCGCCUUCUUCGGCUUCUUGGCGGCGGCCUUGGCGCCGGGCGCGGGCGCAUCGGGGGCGGCGGCGGGAGCGGUCUCGGACAUCGCGGCGACUUCCUCUGCGGAGCAGGCGAACACAAUUGGGCUGGCCCAGGUCAGAUGCUCGUAUUUUUAGAGCGGAGCCGCGCGGUGAUUGGUGGGUUGCAGAGCCCGCCCCGCUGCACGGCCGGGGAGCCCUUCGGUGUGCUCGAUUUGUGUUUCUUUGGACUAACAAAAGUGUAUUUUCCUCGGAAUUUCUGCCACCAAAUCGCCCAAUUUCCUCGGUGAGGGGGGAGAAGAGCAGGUACUUGCGUUCGGGAGAGUUUCCUGCGGCAAACACGCCAUUUGAGUUAAAGGAGAGGCGAUAAAUCCCGUGUGCUGCUGCUGGAGAGACCUCUGAAGGGAGAAACUUUUGUUUUUCCUUGCAAAUUAAAAAUUUCCUUUUGACAUAAAUGUUAUAGCAACAACUCAGCCUGAUUAUUUAGAGGGUUUUCUUGGGGUCAAAGUUGAAAUCUGACGAAUUAAAGCUAUUUUGACAGUUUAAAUUGAUUUUGAAGAGGAGGAAGUAACACAAACUCCUUUUUCAGCUGUGAAUAUGGAUUAAGAACCGGUUCCUUUGACCAUGUGUUUUACCUCCUAAAACGCUAAAGUCUAGUGUAAUAGUGUCUCGUACGACCUCCUAUUGCACUUUUUAUAGAAACAUAAGCAAUUUGUUAUUAUCUGGAGAUUUAUGAACAUACACUUGGUUUAUUUUGUCUUCCUGGAAUUUCAGUACAAGGGAGGCAAAGUUACCCUGCUGCCCUAUGUGGGGUGUUUUCUUUUUGUUUGUUUCCCAUAUGAAUUUUUCUACCAAUUAUUAAGUAAAUCAAGCUAUUUGCUUUUCAUGCUCCAUUUUAUUUUGAAGUAAAUAGUCAUUUGAUACCUUAUGUUACAGAACUGCAGCUUUGUAAAAGAAAGCAAUCUCCUAAACUUCUGUUGUUUAUGGAAAUUAUCUUUGUCUCUGGUUAAUUUAAGAUUUGCAAGGACCAACAUCACAGUUUACUAAUUAUGCUCUUAGUUCCUGAAGAGUAUUUUCUUGUUAUAUAUUUUCUCUAAAAGUAGUAGAAUUUUAAACCAUAUUACUGUUUGGAUUUUUUUAUGUAUCUCACAGAAUAUGGCUACACAAAGGUUUAGGUAAAGCCUCUGAAUUCUGAAUCCUCUUUCCACUCUAAAUAAAACCCACCUAAUUAUUACUUGUGCAUUUUACAGCAAUCACUGAAAUAAGGAAAUGCUUUUAUGAUAAAAACUAAAGCACUUUGUGAUAACCUGAGUUUUAACAAGGGGAGAGGUAGGCCAUAGGUCAUUCCUAAAGGAUCAGGAAAGAGCCAAUCAAUACUGAUAUCUGGUGGAAGAUGUUGUAAUAUGCUGAACAGAGCAGAGCUCUGGAAUAGUAUUUCAUUAAUCUGUAACCGAUUAUGAAAAAAAGUGUAUUAUCCGUUGCCUUGUGUAGUUAUUUAAGAAACACGAAGACUACACUACAGCCAGCCCUUUAGUAAUACCUGAUGUAACAUAAAACAUGAAUACAGUAUUUAAGUACAUAUUAGCAACCAGGAAUUCAGAUUGUAUCAGUAGGCAGUUUUAGGGAAAUGUAAUUUUAUUUCUAUGUCAUGGUUUCAUUACAAUGGCUGUUUUGUAAAGACUAAAAUGAAUAUAAGAUGAGAGAUUUUUUUACAUUUGCUGUAAGAUUGUGUUUCAGGGAAUGUGGAACUAUGAAUAAAUGCACUGAAGGGAAGAAUUGUGA